GGGCGCGGGGGCUCCGGCCCGGGCCGGCCCUGCGGGCUGCCCAUGAGCGCAAACACGAUGAUCUUCAUGAUUCUGGGGGCGUCGGUAGUGAUGGCCAUCGCCUGCUUGAUGGACAUGAACGCGCUGCUGGACAGAUUCCACAAUUACAUCCUCCCGCACCUGCGGGGCGAGGACCGCGUCUGUCAUUGCAACUGUGGGAGGCACCACAUUCACUACGUGAUCCCCUACGACGGGGACCAGUCUGUGGUUGACUCCUCAGAGAACUACUUUGUGACAGACAACGUGACCAAGCAGGAGAUUGACCUGAUGCUGGGGCUGCUGCUGGGCUUCUGUAUCAGCUGGUUCCUGGUGUGGAUGGAUGGGGUCCUGCACUGCGCUGUGCGGGCCUGGAGGGCCAGUCGCCGCUUCGACAACUCAUGGUCCUGGCUCCCCAAAUUCUGCAGUCUGAAGGACUUCCGGAAACGACCCCACCGGCCAUAUGAGGAGCCCACAGGAAACAUGGUGCACAUCAAGCAGAAGCUUUACCACAAUGGCCACCCUAGCCCCCGGCACCUCUGAGCCCCUGCCUUGGCUUGGCUAAGCCCAUGGAGGGACUUGGGACACAUGGACAAACCAUUGGACCACAGGGUGGACACUGCCCAGUGUCUAUGGCUAUAUUCCCUGGGGGCCUGGGGCCAAGCCCUAUGGACCUACAGCUGGAAGGGCUCACUCUAUGUGGACCAGGAGCCAGCCUGGCCCUGGCCUGCUUGGGCCCUAGCACUGGACCUCUGUACAUAUGUAAGAAGGAUCUUUACUUAUAAACCCUUCCCCCACCCCCAGGGGCCUAUACAGCCCAACCCCUCAGACCCUGGACAGCGCCUCUCUAGGGCCCCAGCCCUCUGCUGGCCCCUGGGCCCAUGGUGUCUGCUGCCUGGGCAGCCUGGGUGGUCAUCCUGCACUUGGGUGGGGCUCCCAGAAGAAGGUGCUGUGUCUUUUUUUUUUAGGGGCAUAGGGUUUGGGGUGGGAGGGGAUGGGAUGGAGUCCCCCUAGGGCCUGUCUUGAGCUGGGUCAUCUGACUGUAGGUCAAGGAAAGGCCAGGGAAGAAAAUUUGGGAGGGGGUAUGGCUCAUCUGAGAGAUAGGGUAGGACAUAGGGUGUGGGGGGGUCCCUCCCUUGUAUCUGGGACUCCCAGGCUGUUUUGCUAUGUUGUGCCUCAGUUUCCCAAGCUAUAAGUAGGACAGGAGUGCCACACUUGAAAAUCCCUGAAGAAACGCUAGAAGGAUGGAGAGGGGAGGGGUGACAAAAUUACAACAUCAAGCAGGGUGACCCCCCUUUUAAGUGCUUAGAGCUCUUGGCAGGAAGGUGCUACAGCCAGACAGGGUGGGGUGACAGUUGGGUGACUUCAGAUCCCUGGCAGGGGAGGGGUGUGUGUGUGUGUGUGUGUGUGUGUGUGUGUGUGUGUGUGUGUCUAGAAUGAGUGGGGGUGAUCCAUGGUGUUUAGGUUUUAAAAAAUUGACUCUAGGGUGCUGGGUAGGUGGAGAGGGGAGGGAAGAGGGGCUGAGACAGCUCAGUCCCAGCUGUGGUUUUAGGAGUGAGUACCUGCUUGUUCGUUUCUGGUCCACCCCCAUCCUCAUCCCGACCCUACGUCCUGACUCUGGGCUCUGUCCAGCACUUCUUAGCCCCUUGGGGCCCUGAGGGUUGCCCACUAAGUGGGGCCAGCCCCUGGCCCAUUCCAUCCCCUGGUUUAAUUCUGUUUCUGAUUAGCUCCUCUGUGUGGGAUCACAUCUGUUAUUAUUAUUUUUUUUAAAUGGCUGGUGUCUGCGUGUUUCCUGUCCACAUUUGUGUUCGUUUGUCAGGCUGUCUGGGGAGCUGACUCCCGGGGAAGGUGUCAGGGGCCUCAGAGAGGAAGAGGACCCUGGUCUGUAGGAAGUCAGGCAGGAGGAGGGUGGCAAUGGACUCAAAGGAGACAGAGGUGUGGGAGGUGGUGCCAAGGUGGCAGCUCCAUUUCCCUGUCCUGCAAACUCCAGGGGUCAUGCUUGGACAAGAGAGUCAGUCAGUACAAUACCAAGGGCAGGUGCAAGGGUCAUAGUCCUGAGGCAAAGGAGAUAGUGACGGGGGCAGGGAGAGCAGGGCUCCCAGGGACCAUUCUGGGAGGAAACCAGAGAGGGUGGGGUGAAUGCCUGUUGCCAAUCUGUGCAUGUGUGAACACGUGUGAUCACAUGCAUGAAGCACGUGCCCAUGACUUCAUGGGGUCUGCAUGGAGUAUGCACAGGCAAGGGAGAGGCUGGAGGCCUGGCCUUCUCCCCUUUGUCAUCAACAAGAUAGGGUUCUUCUGGGCGCCUGGACAGCUUGACCCUGGGCCCACGGAGCGGGGAGAGUCCCUGUCUACUCGCAGACAAUCCCCUCAUCUCCAGGCUUUUUAGUGUAGGCCCAGACCAGAGCUGCCUCAGGCCCCCGUGGCCUUUCACUGUGAUCACCUCCACCAGCCUGCCCACCAUGACUUCAUCCCUCCCUCUCCCUGGGCCUGGUCGCCUCAGUCAGUAAAAAAUGUUUGAGGCACGUCCUGAGUCUGCUUCUUCUUUUGCUUCCUGUAGACCCAGGACUGGGGUCGAGGG